GUGUGCAUGGCCACCUGCGGCGCUGGGGCCGGCGCGGGGAGAGCCAGGUGGCCCCUCAGCCCGGCCUGUCCCCGAGGGUUCAGAGGCCCCGGGGAGCCAAGUCCGUUAUUCCAGCGGUUGCCAUUUCAGCCCCGUUCCACGCUCGAGCCCCGGUGCGCGCUCCCGAGGGAUGGCGAGGGGGCCGGUCUCCUUUCGGCGCUGCUCACUCCGCCCGCUCCUUCGCACCGACAGAUAAUCAGUAUGCGUUUCCAAGGCUUUCGGCUAUGUUUGGGUCUUCUUUUCAUCUCAAUUAAUGCAGAAUUUAUGGAUGAUAGUGUUGAGAUGGAAGACUUUGAUGAAAAUUCAGAAGAGACUGAUGAAAAUGAACUCUCCUCAGAGAUUAAAUAUAAGACACCUCAGCCUGUAGGAGAAGUGUAUUUUACAGAAACUUUUGAUAGUGGAAGGCUGGCUGGGUGGGUAUUAUCAAAAGCAAAGAAAGAUGAUACAGAUGCGGAGAUUUCUAUAUAUGAUGGAAGAUGGGAAAUAGAAGAAUUGAAAGAAAAUCGAAUACCUGGUGAUCGAGGACUGGUAUUGAAAUCUAGAGCGAAGCAUCAUGCGAUAUCUGCUGUGUUAGCAAAACCCUUCAUCUUUGGUGAUAAACCCCUGGUAGUUCAAUAUGAAGUAAAUUUUCAAGAUGGUAUUGAUUGUGGAGGUGCAUACAUUAAACUCCUAGCAGACACUGAUGGUUUGAAUCUGGAAAAUUUCUAUGAUAAAACAUCCUAUACCAUUAUGUUUGGACCAGAUAAAUGUGGAGAAGAUUAUAAACUUCAUUUUAUCUUCAGACAUAAACAUCCCAAAACUGGAGUUUUUGAAGAAAAACAUGCCAAACCUCCAGAUGUAGACCUUAAAAGGUUCUUUACAGACAGGAAGACUCAUCUUUAUACCCUUGUGAUGAAUCCAGAUGACACAUUUGAAGUAUUAAUUGAUCAGAUAGUUGUAAACAAAGGAAGCCUACUAGAGGAUGUGGUUCCUCCUAUCAAUCCUCCCAAAGAAAUUGAAGAUCCCAGUGAUAAAAAACCUGAUGAUUGGGAUGAAAGAGCAAAAAUCCCUGAUGCUUCUGCUGUCAAACCAGAAGAUUGGGAUGAAAGUGAACCUGCCCAAAUAGAAGAUUCAAGUGCUGUUAAACCUGAUGGCUGGCUUGAUAACGAACCGAAAUUUAUUCCCGAUCCUAAUGCUGAAAAACCCCUUGACUGGAAUGAAGACAUGGAUGGAGAAUGGGAGGCACCUCAUAUUUCUAACCCAGCAUGUCGGAUUGGGUGUGGUGAGUGGAGCCCUCCCAUGAUAGAUAACCCGAAAUACAAAGGAAUAUGGAGACCGCCAAUGAUAGAUAACCCUAACUACCAGGGCAUCUGGAGUCCUCGAAAAAUUCCUAAUCCAGAUUAUUUUGAAGACAAUCACCCAUUUCUUCUGACUUCUUUCCGUGCUCUUGGUUUAGAGCUUUGGUCCAUGACCUCUGAUAUCUACUUUGAUAAUUUUAUUAUAUGUUCAGAAAAGGAAGUAGCAGACCGCUGGGCUGCAGAUGGUUGGGCAGUGAAGAUACUGAUAGAAAAUGCUAAUGAGCCUAGUAUAUUCAAACAAUUGAUGUCAGCUACUGAACAGCGCCCAUGGCUUUGGUUCAUUUACCUUGUGACAGCAGGGCUUCCAAUAGCAUUAAUUACUUCAUUUUGUUGGCCAAGAAAAGUAAAGAAAAAAUAUGAUGAAGAUGUGGAUUUCAAAAAACUGGACAUAUGUAAACCACAAACCAAGGGCGCACUGGAGCAGGAAGUGAGGGAAGAGAAAGCCGCCCUGGAGAAGCCAGCUGACUUGGAAGAGGAAAGAAAGCAAAGUGACGGUGAAAUUGUUGAAAAAGAAGAGGAAGGUGAACCUGAGGAAAAGAGUGAAGAAGAAAUUGAAAUUAUAGAAGGACAAGAAGAAGGUAAUAAAUCCAAUAAGUCUGGAUCAGAGGAUGAGAUGAAAGAGGCAGAUGAGAGCACAGGAUCUGGAGAUGGACCAAUAAAGUCAGUACGCAAAAGAAGAGUACGGAAGGAGUAACCUGCCUCCAACUGUUUUUCAUUCCUGAGAGAGCAAGCUGGCAUUCUCAAGGCGGUGUGCCAGAACUGCGCUUGAGUCAAUCUGCACAUCCCUUUUCUACUAUCUAGCAAUGUUAUUCUUUCAGACAUUUCUUUUAAUCUUCUUUUUCAGAAAUGAAAAAUCUUUGAAGUUACCUGGUCUUUGAAUUUAGAAUAAAAGAAAAGUGGCACGUUACAUGUCAUAUUUUAAGAGAUUAAUAUCAUUAGAGGUUACACAGUUUUCAUAGUUAGGAGAAAGUUUUGGUUUCUACAGAGCAAAAUAAUAUGCAGUGGCUUCAUUGCUAUGGGACAAGUCAGUUACUGGAAUUUCCCCUUAAAUGGCUAUACCACAAUAUACCUGGUAGUUCUAUAGUAUAAGUGAGAGAGUGUUCUGUUGUAUAGAGCUAAUUGCAAUAAAGUUUCUGUAUGGCUGUUUGGUUCUGCCAACAA